UUAUGACCCUUCCCCCAUGGAUAGGGAAUAUGAUCUCACUGUGCGCCAGCAACCAAAGCAAGCGCGCAUGUGUGGGGUCAGCGGCAAAGACAGGCGACCAAUCGACCCCCCGCCAAUCGUCGAGCUCCGCGUCCGCGAACGACGGCGAGAUGCCUACAGCGCCGAAGAGAGGGAAAGCGUGUCCUUCCUCGAGAACCCUUACUAUUUCAUGUUCGCUUCCCUCGCAUCUGUCGAUUCGGACCAGGAGAUGCACCUCCUCUCUGAUGGUCAGACCCGGUGUACGACGGGCCAGGUCGUUUCCUCUCUCUACCAUCUCAAGGAUACAGAGAACCGCAACUCGGACGCGGGGUUCUUCGUCUUCCCCGACCUGUCAGUGCGGACCGAAGGCUCCUACAGGCUCAAGCUGAGCCUGUUCGAGAUCGUUGGGUGAGCCACGCUCCCCUGCCUAGGGAAACAGCUCACACUUACGUACAAAGGGGAUCCAGUAUGGAAGUCCAGCAUUGUAAGAGUAUAUUCUCAAAGCCGUUCUAUGUCUAUACGGCAAAGAAGUUCCCAGGGAUGGAGGGUGCGCCUUCCCUCGUCCUCAUACCUCGGACCUUACCUGAUACGCUUCAGAGUCCACACCGCUCUCAU